CAAUUUAUUUUUGUUGUUGUAAUUAUUUAUUUAUCUAUUGUAAUGUAAUUCAGUUUGUUUUUUAAAUGACACAUUUACUGUCGCUAAUUGUUGUUCCCCGUUGAUUAGGCUUAUGUCUUGCUAAAUCAAUUAUAUUUAUACACUUAAAUCAAUUCUUAUUUUAAUUUUCUCUCUUCUCUUUUUUGUUAUUUUUUUUUUCUUUUCUCUAUUUGUUGUUAUCCAAUGCGAACUAUCAAUUUAUUUACCUUUUAUUUUAUUCCAUCUUGUUCUUGUUUCCAUUCCGUAUGUUGAAGUAACGUUUUGUUUUAUUUUAACAUAUUUUCUCUGAUCAAGAUGAUUUCUGCUUUAUUGGUGAUAAAAUAUUCUUGAUUGUCUUUUCUCUUUACUUUAUCUUUAUAUCAACCAUUUUGGUGAAUCAAUUUUUUUUCCUCUCAAUCCAAUCAAUUUUUAUACACCCAACCCUCUCGUGUUUUUAUCAUGACCCAUUGAAGAUAAUUGCAUUUGUUUUAAAAGAUACUUUCUUAGAGAGCCAGAGAUAAGAAAUGGAAGCAAAUAUCACUGAAGAAAACCGAGCUCUCAUAUGGAAGUCUUAUCUUGGUUUAAAGGAUAAGAAGCCUAAUUUAAAGGAGUUUUUCGGUCUCGAGGAACAAUCAGCAAUCAGAGAAGACUGUGUUAAAUUAGUUGAAGCCUUGGGUAAUCCGGAAGACGAUAGACUUGCAAUAACUAGUGAAUUGGAAACAGUUUUAACAACUUAUGCUGAAACUUGUGGGGUUAAAUAUUUUACUGACAAUGGAUGGCUUGAGAUACUACAACCUUUGCUGGCUUUAAAGGUUGACCGAGAUGAUUUGUACAAUUUAUUUGAAAUUAUUCACCGAAAAUUCAUUCCAAAUGUUUUCACUUAUUCUUCCUCACCUGAUCAGGAAGAAUCUCAUUCUCUCAAUGAUCAACCUUUCCACCUUUUGAGAUUAUUAUUAUUCUAUCAUGAUCCAGAGCUGUGCUCUUUUCUAGACACCAAAAAGAUCAAUCCAGAUUCGUAUGCCCUUUCAUGGUUUCGAAGUCUAUUUGCAGCCCAUGUCAACAUUAAAGCUCUUUUAGCCUUAUGGGAUGCAUACCUUCAAUCAUCUAAUCCAUUUCUAAUAUUUUUCUUAUCAUUAGUUAUGCUAGUCAAUGCAAAAGAAGAGAUAAUGAACAUGAAAGAUCAAUCAAGAGAGGCGGUUAUUAAGACAUUAAAUAGUGUGCCAAGUGCCCUCGGAGUAGAUGAUAUAUCUGAUCUCUUUUAUCUGGUUGAAACACAUUAUGUAUCACAGACACCAAGAUGUAUCAAUGAAUUACAUAAAUUAAUUUUCAAUUAUGACACUGGAAUUGAAUCUACCAAAGAGUUGACUGAUAUUGCUCAGGCUUUAUGUUUACCUAUUCCUGUAUCACAUCUAAUACCUUCAUCAAAUAGUUCGGGUGUUAGAUUUUUCAUCGUUGAUUGUAGACCAGCCGAGCAAUAUAAUAAUGGACAUUUAUCAACUGCUUUUCAUCUUGAUUGUAGCUUGAUGCUUCAAGAACCUUCAGCUUUCAAUACUGCAGUUCAAGCUCUAUUAGCUGCUCAAAAACAGGCUAUUCUGGCUGGAUCAUUAGCUGGUGGUAAACACCUUUGUUUCAUGGGAAGUGGACGUGAUGAGGAAGAUCGAUAUGUUCACAUGGUUGUCGCUUCUUUCUUACAGAAGCAUCAUCUUUAUGUUAGCUUGACAUUUGGUGGUUAUGCUGCUCUUCAUCAAUAUGUUAUGAAUAAAAAAUGCCUGGAUAAAUAUUUUACCGAUCAUAACAAGAAAAUUUGCCUUGCAUGUCGUAAUCCUCAAAGUUUCGUUACCUCAAAUUCACCGAUGGGCUCACGAAGUUUAUCAUCAAGUAAUUCUUCUCUCCUUGGGAACGUUGACGGUGAAAAUUCUUCCAAUACAUCAAUUUUCGAUCGAAUGGCAUCAGUGAUGAAAAUUCGAGCUGCUGGAGUUAAAGAAAAGCUUGUCGAUUAUAUUAUCAAUCCAAAUGCUGGCGAUGAUCGUCAUGUUAGUUCCAGUGAUCGACUUGGUAGAAGAUACACCGGAGGAUCGAAUAUUUUCAGUAUAUUCGACGUUGACAACGGAGAUGGUUUAGCUUCUAGUGAAUCGGAAGAUUUUGAAUUCGACAUUGAAGAUUGGUGCAAAACUAAUAAUGCCUUGAAUUGCUUCAAAUGUGAAGAAUUGGCCAAUGAUAACAAAAGAUAUUCAAGUUAUUUAAUCCUAACGGAAACCCAUUUAUACAUCGUACGUGCAAUACCUCAUAACAAAGGAUUUGGUAAAAUUGUAGCUAAAAGACCAUUGGAAAUGAUAGUGCAAAUCACUAGUAGGCGACGACUUCCCAAUCUAAUUACAAUCAAAUAUGGUCAAGCCAACGAUGAAUCAACUAGUGAACCAACAAUCAUGGCUCUUGACAGGCUGAAUAUUCCUGAACCAUAUCCUGUCACCCGACUUGUCAAACAACAAGUAAUCAAAGUUUUACAUGGUGAAGUUGAAAAUCAUGAACCAACCGAUGAGGAGAGUAAAAGUUCUGACCAGUGAAAUCUAUUUCUCACAACUUUAUUUUUCUCUUUCCCUCAACAAAAUCAAUUAUAUAUUCUGUCUCUAAAUCAAUUAUCUAUCGAAAAUAUGAGAUAUCAAAUAAUUAAAAUUCUUAUCAAUUCUUCUUAUAAUUUUACCUGAUCCAUUUUUCAAAGAUGAUGAAAUUUUGACUACAUAUUUUACUGACAAAUUAUAAAAAGUAUUAGUAUAUAUUAAUUUUAUUAGAAUAAGUCAUUUGUUUAUUUAUGUUGUAAACUGUACAUUUCUUUGAGAGUUGACGGAAUCAAGAACAAAUUGACAGUGGGAAAAAAAGUAUUGAUCAUCAUACAUAUUGAUGAAGUCAAUGAGAGAAGAGAGGAAGAGAGAAAGAGAGA